AUGGACACGCCAGACAGUAGCGCAAUAACUAACGACAAAGUUACGGAUGCAAACCGACCAAGUCAUGGAGAUUUGCUUUUAACUUCCCUACGUGAUCUGAGAGAUCAGGACAUUGUUCAAGAUUUUACAAUUCACGUUGGCGAAGUUUCCUUUCGAGCACACCGCGCCGUGCUUGCUGGUUGCUCUGAUUACUUCCGCGCUAUGUUCUCACACAACACGAAAGAAAAUGGAGAAGGAUCUGUUGAAAUGAAAGAGGUGGACGCAUUUGCUGUCGGAAAAUGCAUUGAAUAUAUGUACACGGGAAAAUCAGAUGUAACAGUCGAAACAGCUGCGGAAAUACUAAAUGUUGCCAGGGUGAUGCAAAUUGAUGAACUCACAAAAAUUUGUUUCGGCCGCAUUGAAGAAAACUUAUGUCCAGAUACGUGUCUUGCCGCUGCAGAAUUAUUGAAAUUGUUCCAAUGUAACGAUUUAGAAGCAAAAGUUGAGAAUUACAUAAAGCAAAAUUUUGAUGAUGUCAUAUUAACUGAAAAGUUUUGUAUCUUUUCGGCAAAAGAAACCUUAGAUGUUAUUUUCAAGUAUGCAAAGAAUGAUGAUAUGACAUGGAAGUACAUAGCAAAGGAAGCUUCGGAUUUCGUCAACCAAUUUUUAGUCGAUCAUUUCGAACAAAUUGUUUCUAGAGAAGAAUUUGUUGAUCUUUCCGAGAAGGACGCUUUGAUGAUUUUCCUUGCAGAAGAUACGGAAUAUUUAGCUCCUGAAAAAUUGAGAUGGAAUGCGGUACUUAAAUGGAUUAAGUUCGAUGAAACACGAACAUCAAAUUUUCCAACUUUAUUGAGAACAAUAAACUUUUCCGAGCUGUCGCAUGAAUUCAUCGAAAAUACCAUCAGAAAAGAAGUUCUGAUGGAAAAUAAUUUAGAAUGCAUCUCGAUAUUGAUGGACGGUGUUUUCGACUCUAAAAGUAAAGAUCGCAAGCUAGAUAACGCCAUAGCAGUGAUGUUGAGGGAUGGAACUAUCAAUGGUUAUCGAUAUGCCGAGAGAAAGUUUUUCAGCAUUCCAACACUUCCAAAUUCUAUAGUCUGGAAAAUAUUUUCGAUAAACAACAAGUUAUGCCUUCUGGCCAACAAAUCGAUGUAUUACUUAAAUAAGAGUAACAACUGGGUGAAGAAAACAGAUUUAAAAAUGUUUGAUCCAAAAGCACAAGUUACCGUACUUGGCGACAAAGUUUUCUUUGUUGGUCAAUCAAGAAUGCAAUUUUACGACAUAGUUGAAAAUGCUUGGAAAAUUGAUCUACCAGAAUGUCGAAUAACAGAUAAAUUCUUCGUAACUGGUCUAAAUGGAAGGAUAUACGCUUUCGGAGAAGGGAUUCUGAGAUUUUAUGAUUUGGGAGAUAAUCAAUGGCAGCGAUUAGAAGCAGAACAAAUUGAACACGGUUCAUCAGCAACUUCAUAUCGACAAAAAAUAUACAUUUUGUGUCCGCAGCUCCAACAACUAGUAGUUUUCAUCCCUGAAAAUAUCGAGGCACAAUGGGAAACACUCGCUUGCUCACUGCAUUACAUGCCAGUGGACGCUACUAUUUCUGUUGGGGAUAAUAAAUUGAUUGUAUCUUACGAGAUGUCUAAUAAACAAAUUGCACUAUUUGGCUAUGAUUUUACAUUUAAUCAAUGGAUUACUAUUACUGGAUCCAAUGAAUCGAUUCAACCCGCAUUAAGUUUCGGGUCUCGUCGAAAUAACACCAAAGGCUUUUUUGGAUCUAUUCUGAGCCCUCAAGGUCUCAUACCAGCCGAAGUCAAUCCCGAGGCCUCUAACUCAAAUAAAAAGACUGAAGUAUUCCGACCGUUUUCUUCAUGUUCGUUUAGAAUGGCUCAAUAA